AUGAGCGCGAACGAAAAAGAACCAGGUCCCGCCGACGACAUCCAGGUCACAAACGUUGGCGAUGGAGAGAAGAAGAAGAGGGAGUACAAGGACUUUGGCCAUGAGGAGGACGCUCCGACUCAUGCCAAGGUCGACAUGAACACUAUUGAACUCACGGCAGACGACCUUUACGACAAGGAGAAGGUUGAUUUGGAGACCAUCGUCAUUGAGGAUGUCUUCAAGCUGCUGCAGUGUGACGAGAACGGCCUCACCACGCAAGAGGCAGAGCGUCGUCUCGGUCUCUUUGGUCCCAACAAGCUCGAGACUGAGGAGCAAAACCCCAUCCUCCAGUUCUUGUCCUUCAUGUGGAACCCCCUGUCCUGGGUCAUGGAGGCGGCCGCCAUCGUCGCUAUCGCCCUUUCCAACGGUCAAGGUCGCCCUCCGAACUGGCCCGAUUUCACCGGUAUCGUCCUCCUCUUGCUCGCCAACUCCACCAUCGGUUACUACGAAGAACGCAAUGCCGGUAACGCUGUGAAGGCCCUCAUGGACUCUCUCGCCCCCAAGGCUAAGGUCAAGCGUGACGGAACUUGGUCCGAAAUCGAGUCUGCUAUCCUUGUUCCCGGUGAUAUGGUUUCCUUCAAGAUUGGUGAUAUCGUCCCCGCCGAUUGCCGUCUCACUGAGGCCAUCAACGUCUCCAUCGACCAAGCCGCCCUCACUGGUGAAUCCCUUCCUCAAUCCAAGAAGGCCGGUGAUCAGUGCUUCUCUGGCUCCACUUGCAAGAACGGUGAAGCUGAGGGUGUCGUCAUCUCCACCGGUGCCAACACUUUCUUCGGUCGUGCCGCCUCCCUGGUCGGCCAGGAUGAUGAUACCACCGGUCACUUGCAGAAGAUCCUCGCCCAAAUCGGUUCCUUCUGCCUUGUCAGUAUCGGUAUCUUCGUCAUUGCAGAGAUCUUCGUCCUCUACGCCGGCUUCAGGUACCAAUACCGUCGCGGUUUGGACAACAUCCUCGUCCUCCUCAUCGGUGGUAUCCCCAUUGCCAUGCCUACUGUCCUCUCAGUCACCCUCGCCGUCGGCGCCCAGCAGCUCGCCAAGUACAAGGCCAUUGUCACUCGUAUCACCGCUAUCGAGGAAUUGGCUGGCGUUACCAUUCUCUGCUCCGACAAGACCGGUACCCUCACCACCAACAAGCUCACCAUCGACCGCAACACGAUCCGCACCUACGGCCCCUUCAGCCCCGAUGAUGUCAUCCUCCUUGCCGCCUACGCUUCCCGUACCGAGAACCAGGACGCCAUCGAUACUUGCGUUGUUGGUACUCUCGAUGACCCCGCCAAGGCCCGUGCUGGUAUUACCCUGUUGGACUUCAAGCCCUUCAACCCCGUCGACAAGCGUACCGAGAUCACUUACCGCGAGGAGUCCAGCGGCAAGCUCAAGCGUGUGACCAAGGGUAUGACCGGUGUCAUCAUCGAGCUUUGCACCCGCAACAAGACCGAAGAAAUCGAGAACCGACUUGAGGCUGACGUCGAGGAAUUCGCCUCUCGUGGUCUCCGUGCUCUCGCUGUCGCCUUCGAAGAGGUUGAAGGCGACGACCAUGAGGCUGAGGGCAACGGCUUCGAGCUCAUCGGUCUCCUCGCCAUCUUCGAUCCCCCUCGUGACGAUACCAAGCAGACUAUCGACGAUGCCAUCGCCCUCGGUGUCAAGGUCAAGAUGGUCACUGGUGAUCAGCUCGCUAUUGCAAAGGAAACCGGUCGUCGUCUCGGUAUGGGUGACCACAUGUACCCCGCCAAGGUUUUGAAGGAUGGACCUGCCCCCGGCUCCAAGCACGCCAACCUCGACGAGAUGAUCAUGGAUGCCGACGGUUUCGCUGGUGUCUUCCCCGAGCACAAGUACGAGAUCGUCAAGCGUGUCCAGGCUCUUGGUCACCUCUGCGCCAUGACUGGUGAUGGUGCCAACGACGCUCCCGCUUUGUCCCGUGCCAACGUCGGUAUUGCCGUCGAAGGUUCUACUGAUGCUGCCCGUGGUGCUGCUGAUAUCGUCUUGACUGAGCCCGGUCUCUCCACCAUCAUCCACGCCAUCCGUCAAUCCCGUAUCAUCUUCCAGCGUAUGCGUAACUACGCCAUCUACGCUUGCGCCGUCACCAUCCGUAUCGUCGUCUGCUUCGCCAUCCUCGCCUUCGCCUACAAGCUCGACUUCCCUCCCUUCAUGAUUUUGAUCAUUGCCUUGCUCAACGAUGGUACCAUCAUGACCCUCUCCGUUGACCGUGUCUUGCCUUCCACCUCGCCGGACAGCUGGAACUUGCCCGAGAUCUACGCCUAUGCCGUCGCCUACGGUCUUCUCCUUACCGCCUCCACUGUUGCUCUCGUUUGCAUCAUCAAGGAGACCACCUUCUUCCAGGACAAGUUCGGCGUCAGCCUCGAAACUGGCUUCCCCAACACCGACUCCGUCGACUCUAACGAUCCUCAAUUGCACAUGAUCAUCUACCUCCAAGUCGCCAUCAUCUCGCAAGCCUUGAUCUUCGUCACCCGUUCGCACGGAUUCUUCUUCAUGGAACGACCAUCCACCGCCCUCCUUGUUGCCUUCUGCAUUGCCCAGCUCGUCUCCUCCAUCAUCGCUGCUUACGGCAACUGGGGCUUCACCAAUGUCAAGGCUAUCUCUGGUGGCUGGAUUGGUAUUGUCUGGAUCUGGAACAUCAUCUGGUUCAUUCCUUUGGACUGGGUCAAGUUCGCCAUGAAGGCUACCAUCAUCAAGUACCUACGUGCCCGUCACGAAGCCGAGAUCGCCAAGCAGGCCCUCACCGGCAUUACUGGCGUUCCUCUCACCCGAACCCAGUCCCGUGUCGCCUCCAUCCACGAAUCCCUCUACUCCAACCGUGUGUCGUUCAUCAAGCGUGCGGCCCGCAAGGUUGGCUUCGGCGGCAAGGUCAACGUCCAUGUCAAGCCCGAAGAACUCCAACGCUUCAGCAGCAUCCAAGCCCAAAGAGUGGGCCAGACCUUGGCUCGCAACCCAAGCAAAACCAACUAGACGGUCGCGGACUGUUGUUUUGUUCUAUUGGGAUACCACGAUAUUAAUCACUAAACUGUUGUACUUCUUACUGCCUCCUAUCCGCGCUUUUUCCCUUGAUGACUCGAGAUCGACGCUUCGCUCACUCCACCACUUCUACUCCUUUUUUCCCCUUGGACCUCCUAUAUCCCCAUCGUUAUCGGUGACGACGUUCCAACCCCCUCUCGUCGUCCGGCUAACACGAACACCACGAUAACGGGCCCCCUAUCCCCCACACGCCGCCGAUCCGGUUGUGGUUCUGGUGCUGUUGCCGUCGCCGUCGCGUUUUCCAUGUCAUCGCUCUCCAUCUGCAUACCUCUUCCGCCCCUCCCAGCUUUCACAAGCAUUAUAACCAUCUGUCGAAUACCUCGCAUAGAAUAAUCGAAAUCGAAUCAAACGCUCGAGAACCCACGAACGCGCCUCCCGUCCGUUAUGAUUUGAAUUUUGGAGAUUUGGUUAUAUGGAAGGUUGUUACGUUUCUUUUAUUUCCCCUUUUACGAGUUUUUCCUUUCUAUUGAUGGUGUAUGUCCCCCCUUCGAGAGUGGGUUGGUUGUGGGAGGUGUGGAGGAGGAUGGAUGGAUGGAGGGCAUUUUGUUCGCUUCAUGGGCUGUAUCGUUGAUUCCCCCUUUUAAUGUUUCGUGCGCCCUAUUCCAUACUGCUCUCUUGUCUGUUCUUUUCUUUCUUUCAUCUUCCCGCUCGACCGUGUUCAUGUUCCUUCUACUCUCGAUUGGAUGUGGUUGGAGUCUGGAUUCCAUCUCUUCCACUUCUGUUUUUUCUUCAUGAUCCUAAUGCGUGUUAACGUCGUGUUACUUUCCACUACUCUCUUUCUUCCCUCGUCCUCACGCUUUUAACGUUUCCAAAACGUAGUCUUUACUACUG